GGAGGGGGCGCAUGCGCGCUGGCAGCCCGGCGGCCGUGCAACAAGAGGGCACAUGCGCAGAAGGGAGGGGGAGAGGUGGCGGCGCAUGCGCAGUGAGGAGGAAGCGGCGGGAUGGAGGCGGCGUUGGAGGUGACGGCGCGGUACUGCCGCAGCGAGCUGGAGCAGUACGGGCGCUGCGUGGCCGCCAGCCCGGCCUCGUGGCAGCGGGACUGCCACAGCCUCCGCCUCGGCAUCUCCCGCCCCAUCGUCAGGAGGAUCCGCAGCGACUGCGCCGAGCCCUUCGCCGCCUUCGAGAGGUGCCUGCAGGAGAACGAGGCCGCCGUGGGGAAGUGCAGCGAGCUCGUCGCCGCCUUCCUGCGCUGCGCCGAGCAGGUGAAGGUCGCCGCGUGAGGGGAUCCUCGGAAUGAAAGUUCAUCCUCAGGAGUGAAUGAAAACUCUUUCUGUGCUCUGGAGUCUCAUUCCAAUGCUCAGUUGGGUUGGUUCUCCCCUCUGACAAACCGAGUGCAGCCCUGUGAUGUGGUUCUCUUGGUGCUUGUCUUCAACAACCAGCUGGACUCUGACACGGCUGUCAGAGCAUUCCUGAUCUGCUGGUCCAUGUCUGCUGCUAACGCUGGGUUUUCUCUGCCGGUGCUCCAUGCCCUUAGCAACUCUGUAAGUAAAAAAAAUUACAGAGCUGUGCUGAACACCAAAGGAUCAGCGAGCAACCUGCAGAUGUACUUGAAUAGGAACCAAAAGCUAAAAUCAGCCUUUACCUCUUGUUCUGCAGCCUGUAUUUAUCAAUUUCUUUGAUAAUUAAGUAUUUUCCUUCGUCCCAAUAAAAAUCACUCCUGAAGACCAAA